GGUGGAUGAAAAAGAGGAGCUUCCAGAUAAUCUUUUGCUCGGUCUCUGAGAUGGACCUGACUAGUUUUGCCGCGGUUUGCGAUCGACAUAAGUUGCUGUGAGAAAUUGGAUCAAGAUCUCAGGUGCUUCAAUUACUUUGGAUAAUAGAAAAUACAGAGCAAUAGCUGUCAACAGUGCUAGUCGAAGCUGAAAUCCGUCCAAAGAUAUGCAGUCAAUCCAAGCCUUGGAACUAAGACGGCUACACAUGUUAGAAAAGGUAAGGACAUCUGGAUAAACAAACCGAAACACUUAAGUGACUUAACCUGAUGACCCCUGUAAAUAAUUGUUACCAAGAAAGCUAAAGAACCACUUUGCUUCAUGAUUUUAUCUAACGAGCUUCAUCUGCUUUGCAAUGAAAAGUUCGCCUCCAAUUUCAAGCUUCUCAGAGCGUGACACAAUGAACAACUCAACCGACGUAGGAUUCGUGUUUAACACAAGCGAGGGAAAUAUCGUUGCAGCAUUCUUCGUCGCCCUUCUGAUGCUGUUGACAUUAGUGGGAAAUACCAUGGUGUGCGCCUGCUUUUACUAUUAUCGUGAUCUCAGAACAAUUUGCAAUUACUUUAUCAUCAGUUUAAGUGCAGCAGAUAUCCUAGUGGCGCUAUUGGCGAUGCCUUUCUGGCUUGUGUUGCAAUUAACUGAUAUGGAUGAAAAAUCCAGAAGCGUUUUCUCAGGAGAGUUGUAUAGUUUCUGGGCAAGUAUUGACAUCCUUGUUGGGUCAGCGUCCAUUAUGAAUCUUGUGGCUGUAAGCUUUGAUCGUCACCUAGCUAUAACUGCGCCAUUUUCGUAUAGCGAAUCGCUGACUUCGCUAAGAGCUAUUAUCAUGAUAGUUGCGUUGUGGGUAUUCUCUAUCUUGCUCUGCGGUCUGCAUGUCCCUUCGGUCAAAAUGGCGAAAAUGCGUUCUGCAUAUCAAAUUGGUCUCGUGGUGGUGAGUUUCAUUGUCCCUCUGUUUCUUAUGUUCGUCAUGUACAUGAAAAUAUACUUUGUGGCAAGAAAUCAAGCGCUCCGCAUUGGUCGAAACUACGCCAGGGAUAUCAAAGCAACCAAGACGAUAGCGAUUGUCAUUGGAGCGUUUGUUGUGUGCUGGAUGCCCUUCUUCGCAAUAAUUACUUUGUAUGCUCUAAAGCCUGAUUAUAAAGUUAACAUCGAAGCUUACAAGGCAAUCAAAUGGUUGGAAUACCUUAACUCGUUCUUGAACCCAAUCAUUUACACCUGUUUGAACCGCACCUAUCGCCGCGCCUUCAGGAAACUAUUGCUUCGUCCGUCUUGUUGUACAGGCCGUGGAUCAUCCGAGCGUCUCAACUGUGUUCAGUCAACCCAUACUUCGUUCCACAUGACGAAAGCGGAGUCUCUUUCUCACAGUUCGUCUUCAGUCUCUGAGAAUGGGAAUGUUUGUAUUCAAAGAAGCACCAAAAUGGAGGGCACGAGAGUCUAAAAUUCUGCUCUCUGUAAGACAAAAAAUUCCCUAUAGCAUUAAUUUUGAUUCAUGGAAUGCCAUAUAACAUUCAUUUUGAAAUCACUGAUGAUCCGGCUGAUAUCUGAUUGGUUCUCAGCAUUGCGAUUUAUUUACGAAUUGCUCUAUUUCUUGCUAUAAAUCGCAUCUUUUUCCACUGAAACAUUACUACCAAUCAGAUUUUAAGGCUUGUUAAAAGUAACCAAUCAAAGUUAGGAAAAUAAAAGACGAAGAAGUCAUCGUGUGGCGAAUUUUGCAGCUUUUGUCUCUAACACUUUUCCUACUAUUUCAGUAGAAAGGAAUGAAUAUAAUUGUGAAUCAAAUUUUCCGAUUUCAAAAUGUAUGUAAUAAAGUAGUAACUGAAGUUCGUGUUGUGCAAUUUUGGUUGAAAUCACAUUUGUGAUUUCAAAUCGAACUCUUGCUGCGCGCUCGAUCGAUUUUUAAAUCAUGUAUAUUGUUUUAGUCCAAAUUGCACUCCACUCAGUUCAAUCACCGUUAUUUAUCUCAAGCGUAUCAUGCGACCACGUAACGAAGACGAAAGGUAGUUAAACUGUCUGAGGUGGCCCCAUGUGCAGCCAUGGCAAGCCAAUGUUAAAAUGCACGUUGUUUCUGCGAAGUAAAUCCCGCCACUUCUACAUCAUCUCCCUGAAGUCUACUUUUGAACAAAUGAAUCGAAUUUAAUAGAACAAAUGAAAAUACAGGGGAGGAAACGAUAAGCAGCUUCCUAAGUGCGUUCAUAUUCAGCAGUUAAUCAAAAUAUGUAGCUCAAAGCAUCACUAGCUUCUGCAUUGUCUUAGUGUAGCUAAAAAGCGUGUUAAAAAAAUAGAAAGAGCGUCUUCAACGAUUGAGUAGAGCCAGACCUCCACCAGUUAAUGUAAGUGAGUGAGGUGCCCAACGGCCUAAAUUGUUUACAACAUAUAUACUACAGGAUUUAAUGGAUAUAAUAAUGACCAAUUUAACGGUAAAAAUUUGGAAUUUAUCGGUGUAGGGUAUUUUCUUUAUUUUAUUCUAUAUAUCACUCUAUGCAUAUUCUAUAUAUUAUGUAUAUAUUAUUCUAAAUUAUAUAUAUAUAUCCAGUUAAUGUAAAUACUAUGCUUAUUGAGUCGAUUAUAACUAGCUAAGCUUAAAUAUAACAAAUACAAUUUACAUGCCAUAAUGUGAAGACUAUAUACGGCUACUAAUAUGGCAUAUUUCUAUAGCAUUGAAAAGAACUAAAGAUUGUACAAUGACGCUAGAGGGAAGUGAUAGAGCAGAUUUGUCUCACCUGCAAAACAAAAAACCCACUGCAUCCCACAUAUUUUUGAGUAAGUUGUUCCACAACAGAAAGAUGAUUCCAGAAUGUAAUGAAUAAUUGUCACUCAACCAAUAAUUCAAUGAUAACAAAAUCUUAUAAUAACAAUAAUAAUGAUGAUAAUGGUGAUAACAAUAGUAACAGUAGUGAUGAUUUAUGUGGGCUUGCUUAAGACCAGUACUGUUCCUCUAUUGGUCUAUCCUUUAGGAUCCAGUAAUGAUUAAACUAUGCUUCUUUUAA